GGUGUAUCACUAUACUUCUUCUCUUUCCAUCUUCUGUUUUGUGUCAAGUCAACGUUAUCUGUACGACGUCGUCUCUCCUCCUUCCUUGCAAAUUCAGCUUUUCCUUUGAAAACCCGUCCAAGAUCCCAAAUUCUGUACAAAGUAUUCAAAUCUUCUUCCCCAUCAAGAAAUACUCACACAAAUCUAUAUAUAUAUAUAUAUAUAUAAUAUUCAUAUACUUUUUGGUCUUCUUUCUAUAUAUAUAUAUAUAGAUGCGUGUGUAUAAAUUUCUCUUCAUUUUAUGGGAAAAUCAUUUUCCAUAUUUGUAACAGCUAAGCUACAACAACUCACUGGAACGAGAGCACAAUUUUUCAGCACUUCCCAACUUACAGGACCCCCACCGCGGAACCGAUUGACUUCGCCAGAAACAGCCGUAGUAGGCGGCGGAGCGAGGCGGCAGAGGUCCAAGAAGAAGAUGGAGAACAGCAAUAGCAGCAGCGGCGGUGAGCCACAGAGCCACCGUAUGCCGCUGUCGCAGGUGGUUUCCGAUUGUGUGAAGCGGUGGUUCCAUGACACCCUCAAGGAGGCCAAAGCCGGCGAUGUAUCCAUGCAGGUGUUGGUGGGUCAGAUGUAUUUCAGCGGUUAUGGUGUCCCCAGAGAUGCCCAAAAGGGAAGACUUUGGAUGUCAAGAGCUUCAAGAGUUCGAUCUUCGGUUUGGAAAGUUAGCACUAAACGUCCAGGUUAUAAUGCAAGUGAUUCCGAUUCAGAUGAAUCGAAAGGUGACUCUUGAUAAGACCAACUUCACAUUUCUGUCCAAUACAGUUUGAAACUUUCACUGGAGGUAACCUGGCAAAUGGCUAUUCAUUACUGAAAAAUUAAUCCCAAUCGGAUAAGUUGAUUUUUCUGUUGUUUAUAAGGAAAACCCUAGCAUCCUGCCUUGAAAAUCUCUAAACUUGGUUGCUUUUGUUAGGAACAUUAGGACAAUAUAUCCUUCCUUCAUGGUUAUACAUCAAUUCUCAAAUAUCCAUAUGUGAUAUUUCUUCUGACUGAGGUUGCAGGCAUGAUUGCGUACUUAGUGUUUGAAAUUAUAUUUGCAGUCAUAAUCAUGGCUAUUAUUUCUCCUUUGAGACCGAAUGUAUGUAGCUAAGAGGGAUCAUGUUUAUGAUGCACAAUGCUGAGCUGUCAAGAAACCACAAAAAUGGGUGUGUGUGAGAGAGUUGGAUGCGGAAGGUUUGAGCGUUUCAAGUCUUCCUGGGAGCUAUAAUGGAUGUGUAUGUGAGAGUUGGAUGCACAACUUACCUACCGGGGAAAAAAAAUAAUAAUAAAAAAUUGAAUGAUUGCAAAUUAAGUUGGAUGGGUGGCAAGAUAAUGCAGCAUAAAAUUAGGAGUGAUUGCAACUGUGUGAAGUCGAGAGAUGAUACUGUUGAGGACGAUAAGGUGCAACAGUACACUAAUGACCUUAUGAUUGAAGUGCAGCGAGUACUUGAGGAAUUUUUUUGGAAGUUCUUGAGGAAUUGUGGGAACUGGGGGGUUCCAUUCAACUAUAGUCCAAUAGGAAAUCAGUCUCAGCAGGCACUAAGGGGGAAGCUUAGAGAUGGAAUUGGUGUGAAGAUGGGUGGAGGGAAAGAAAGAUAGUGGUUCAAUGUUGAGGGAAUUUAAAUAAUGGCAUUUGAUUGAAUACUGAAUAGAAGAAAUGUGUCUUUAUAUGGUUGAUUGGUGACAAUGGACUGAGUAAAUUCUUGCAGAUAAUUGAGACGAUACUUGAUUGAUUUCAAAAUACUCUUUUUGCUUUAAUAAACUGUGAUUCAGUUCGUACAUUGCUGGGAUUAACAGAUCAUUAUCUCAACUUAGUUUUAGCUGCGUGUCAUGCAUAAUCAUUGGGGGUGGCUCAUCUUUUGUUAUAAGGUGUUUAUUAAAAGAAAAAGAAUGUGGUAUUCAAACACCAGAAAAAGCAUAGCAUGUUAUGAGAAUGUUGAGGGAGUGGAAUGCAGGAAGUAUUUUUUGAAAAGUGAAUAUUUUGCCUAGCUUAAUAAUCAUACAUAAGGAUAAUUCAAUCUUAUAUGAGUCUUCUAUU